AAUUCCAUUCCAAGCAUUCUCUGCCCAGCCAUUCCAAGCAUCCUGCCCGUUUCAAGGCAUCUAGGGAAGAAGAAGAAUGGGGUUUGUGCUGGUGAUCUCCCUGCCCUUCAUCUUCUUCACCAUCCUGCUCGGCUUCGGCUGCUACUUCCUCGGCAAGCACAGGGGCCGCGAGGAGAUGCGCGCCGGCGUUGGCGCGCAGAUCUACGGCACGCCCCUGCCGCUGCCUGGCGUGGCCGGGAGCUCUCCGGGACCGUACCCGUUGACGAAAGAGGGGCCUGCCAACGUGUGA